UUUUAUAAAUAUAAAAAAAAUGCAGAAAAUUUACAUUUUUGUUUUAACAAUAAUGCUAUUUGCAUUGUUAAAUGAAACACGAGUUGUAAAACGAAGCUAUUCUGAUAAUACAAUUUUAGGCUACAAAACUGAGAGAACUUGUUGGUGGAAUGAAAUCUGCAAAGAAGAAUUUCAAUCUUUGUUUCGAUGUAAAUGUCCAAUGUGGUCAUAUUGCCGUAGUCCUGGUCGAUAUUAUAAUGCAUUCUGUUCGAUGACAGAAACCGGCUAUAUAUGGACACAACCUGAUAAAGAAGCAUGGCGUAUUACAUAACAUCGACGGGGACGUGAUGCGUCCCCACCCAAAUGUUAAAAUUUCCAGUUUUUUUAACAUAACUAAAUGUUUAAAAAGU